UACCGUGUCUCGUGAUAUAUUUGAAUAAGAUUUUCAGAAAUAUUUAUACAAACAGGACGAGUUUUCCGGAAUCUCUUAUAUCUCGCUUUUGUUUUAACGGAGUGUGAUUUUACUUUCACAGAAAUUGUAUAUUUGUAUGUACAAGUAGAAAAAUUAUAUCUGCUUAAAAAUGCAAGUGUUAGCGGUAGAAUUAAAGAGAACAAAAUUAGCAAAAAUGAAGGCAAUUACAAAACUCCGAUCCCGUAACUGAUGUUGCAACUUUGUCUCGCCCAAAAGAAUUUUUAUCAUUAACCUUCGAUUAACUUUCGAUCUGUCCGAAAUAACAAGGGGUAUCGCGUAGACAGUGGAAUCUUGCACGGUGGUAGGUCAAUGGGUCGCCACCGAUAAUGCUUUUGUUCGAUACGAUUUUGGUAUAAAAGACUCGCAUCGCUCGAUGGACAGCAUGCGGCAAACGGCAUUAACAGCAUCACAAUGAGGUGCGCGAUCGUUCUACUGGCUCUGGCAGCUUUUGGGGCGGCUCUACCCCAACAGCAGCAACAGCAGCUGAAACAACAUGCUGCUGACCAAGAUCUUUUGAAGAAACAACAAGACGUAAUACUAUUGCUGCAACACAUUACCCAAGAAAUCCCGAAUGAGCAGCUGCAGAUCCUUGGUACCACCUAUGACAUCCAGAACAACUACCAGCAAUAUGAAAAUCCGAUCCUUGUCAAGUACUAUGCGGGUGCUGUACAGGCCGGUCUGGUUCAGCCAAAGGGCACCGCCUAUUCGAGUUCCGUCAGCCAGCUUCGCAAAGAAGUCUCCCUCCUGCACAGAGUCUUAUUAGGCGCCAAGACCUACCAGACUUUCCUGGCAACCGCCGCAUGGGCCCGCGUCCACGUUAACGAAGGACAGUUUAUCAAGGCUUUCAUUGGAGCCGUUCUUCAGCAUCCUGAGACUCAGGGUCUCAUUCUGCCGCCUUGGUACGAAAUCAUUCCUCAGCACUACUUUGAUGCUAGAGUGAUCCAGGAAGCCCAGAACGCUAUUGCACAAGGUGUCAACUGGAACCAACUUGUAAUCCCCGUCAACUAUUCCGCCCAAUUGUCCGGCAGUGAGCAACAACUCUCCUACUUCACGCAAGACGUCGGCCUCUCAAACUACUACGGCUACGUGAAUCUCGCUGGAUACCUGUCGGAACACGGACAGCAAGUGCCUCCGCCAUACCAACAACAAGGUGUUCAGAAUCAGGAGGGUCAUAUUGGCCACGGAUCUAUCUACUAUUAUCUCCACCAACAACUGCUGGCUCAUUAUGAACUGAACCGUCUCGCAAACGGACUGGGCCCAAUCCAUCACACCGAUUACGUCAACGUACAAGCGCCGUAUCAACCGCACCUCCGUCACACGAACGGACUCGAAUUCCCUGGACGCCCUCACCAUCUGCAGCUUAGCCCCUACAACCACCAUCUUGUCCAUACUGUCCAGAAGAUCGAACAGAGAUUGAUCGAAGCUAUUGACUCUGGCCAUGUCAUCACUCCGCAAGGCGCCUUCCUCUCUCUUUAUCAGCCGCAAGGUUUGAAUAUUCUUGGAGAAAUCAUCGAAGGAACUGGCCGCAGUGUUAACCCAAGAUACUAUGGCAGUCUUCAAGCCGCCGCGCGUCAACUUCUCGGUAAUGCUCCUGAAGCGGAAAAUAUCUACGAUUACACUCCUUCUGUUCUUGAGUUGGGACAAAUCGCAGUUCAGGAUCCAGCCUUCUAUCAGCUCUACCAGAAAGUCAUCCAGUUGUUCCAACAUUACCAGAACUCGUUGCCCGCGUACCAGUACAACGACAUCCACCUGCCUGGCGUUAGCAUCCAGAACGUUGAAAUCAGCCCGCUGGUGACUUUCUUCAACAAUUACUACGUUGAUCUCGACGCAGCUUCUCACCACGAAGCCGGCCAACAACAGCAAGGUCAACAACAGCAGCAGCAACAACAACAACAACAACACAUUAAGGCGCAAGUGAAGAGAUUGGACCACAAACCGUACGAGUACCAGAUCACUGUCCAGAGCGAGCAGAACGUUCCCGGUGCCGUUGUCCGUGUCUACUUGGGACCGAAAUACGACUACCAUGGCAAACCCAUCAGCAUUUCUCACCACAGGCACCAAUUCGUCGAACUCGACCAAUUCAUUACUGACCUUCAGCAAGGACAGAAUAUCAUCACUAGGCAAUCUCAACAGGCACCAACCCAGAGCCACGACUACCCGUCUGUUCAAGAUAUUAAGCAGGGAAUCAACAACGCCGUCCAUGCCCAAGAACCGUACUACAUCACCGAGCCACACCAGAUCUUCGGUUUCCCAGCUAGGCUGGCUCUGCCCAAGGGUCAUCACGGUGAAGGUUUCCCAGUUCAGCUGUUUGUUGUGAUCUCUCAACCGGGACAACAAAACGUGCCUUAUGGACCAGUGGUCUCGGAGCAAUAUCAGACCUACCAACACGGCGAAUAUCAAGUAGUCGGCACCGAGGACUACCAGCAAAUCCAGCAUCAAGGUAGCAAAGUCGUUGGUGUAAAACAAACUGUGGAGGUUGUACCAGAGAAUCUGCCGACCGGUCAGCAAGAGAAUCAAGCUGUAAGGAAUCAUUAUGCUCACAUCUAUACUCAGCAACAUGGACACUACCCGUACACGCACUCUCAUUACCAAGUAGGCCAAGGACAGGUCUAUGGAGAGGGACAAAAUGUCUUUGGUGCGCAAGGUCAAUACUAUGAACAAGGACAACAAGGACAACAUGGACAACAUGGACAAUAUGCCCAAGGACAUCAACAAUGGGGUCAAUGGGGUCAAUCUCAGGGUAUCUACCAAGGACAGCAGGGACAACAGUAUCAACAACAGUACCAACAUGGUCAACAAAGUACAGUAGGAGUCCAAGGUGGAGUACCACCAACUGGUGUACAUGGCUCGCAGCAGGGUAUCCAUGGAGCCCAAGGAGUUCAAUCAGGUGUACAAGGUGUCCAAGGUACGCAAUAUUCCGGAGUACAGGGAACUCAAGGCGUCCACAGCGGCAUUCAGUCUGGAAUCCAGGGCAAAUACCACACUACCUAUCAAGGACAAAGCCAACAGCAGCAAGGAUAUGGUGUAGGAUAUACCGGUAGCGGACAAUAUCACGCCGGUGGCUUCCAAGGUAUCUUGGGUCAGGGACAUCAAGGACAGGACGGAUACGUCAGCAAAUACUAUCAGAAUAAGCACAUCUCUGAGAUCAUCGGUGGCGCUAUCUCUCUCGACGGUAAACCCCUUGGUUACCCGUUGGACAGACCCUUGACCACUGGUGCUCUUUCCGUCCCUAAUGUCUACGUUCACACCGUCCACAUUCAUCAUGAAGGCCAACCUACCAACGAAGUGUACUAUCAGUAAAAUGUUCCUAUAAAUCAAAUAUAAUAUAUGUAUGGCACCGUUAGAUAGAACGGUGCUUGAGCGAACACUAUUUUUUCAUUCAAUGUAAAAAAAAUGAUUUAUCAGUUUAUUGU